CUGACUGCUUCCUGUGACGUAACGUUAGCUUCCGAUGCUACACGCGGGAAACAGGCGAAGCUGCUCAUCGCACUGAGAAGCUUCAGUAAUCGCCUGUUGCAGACAUGGGAGACACACUGGAGUUCAACGAGAUCUACCAAGAGGUCAAAGGCUCCUGGAAUGACGGGCGGCUGCGUUUCAGCAAGCAGAACGUGGUUUACAAAAGCAGCAAGACGGGGAAGGUGGACAGCAUCCCGGCUGGCGAGCUCAGCCUGGCUCAGUGGAGACGAGUGUGUUUAGGUCACGGCAUCAAGCUCGGCACCAGCGCAGGCCACAUUUACAAAUACGAUGGCUUCAGAGACACGGACUUUGAGAAGAUUUCAGAGUUUUUCAAGGCCAACUACAAAGUGGAGCUGACGGAGAAGGACAUGUGUGUGAAGGGCUGGAACUGGGGGACGGCCAAGUUCUCAGGGCCGCUCUUAUCGUUUGACGUCAACGACAACACGGCGUUUGAGAUUCCUCUGUCCAACGUGUCGCAGUGUGCCACGGGGAAGAACGAAGUCACUCUGGAGUUUCACCAGAACGAUGACACAGAGGUCUCGCUCAUGGAGGUCCGGUUCUACGUCCCGCCCAGCCAGUCCGACGAGCGGCAAGACCCCGUGGAGGCGUUUGCCCAGAACGUGUUGUCUAAGGCUGACGUGAUCCAGGCCACCGGAGACGCCGUGUGUAUCUUCAAAGAGCUGCAGUGUCUCACACCCAGAGGAAGAUAUGACAUUCGUAUUUACCCAACCUUCCUUCACCUGCACGGUAAAACGUUUGACUACAAGAUACCCUACACCACCGUCCUGCGCCUCUUCCUGCUGCCUCACAAGGAUCAGAGGCAGAUGUUCUUCGUGAUCAGUCUGGAUCCUCCCAUCAAGCAGGGUCAGACACGCUACCACUUCCUGAUUCUGCUCUUCUCCAAAGAAGAAACGAUCAACCUCACCCUCAACAUGAACGAGGAGGAUGUGGAGCGUCGCUUUGAGGGAAAACUCAGUAAAAACAUGUCGGGGUCUCUGUACGAGAUGGUCAGCAGGGUCAUGAAGGCGCUCGUCAACCGCAAGAUCACGGUACCUGGAAACUUCCAGGGCCACUCCGGCGCUCAGUGCAUCACCUGCUCGUACAAAGCGUCCUCAGGGCUCCUCUACCCGCUGGAAAGGGGCUUCAUCUAUGUCCACAAACCCCCGGUUCACCUCCGCUUCGAGGAGAUUUCCUGCGUCAACUUUGCCCGAGGAACCACCACAACACGUUCCUUCGACUUCGAGAUCGAGACCAAGCAGGGGAACCAGUACACGUUCAGCAGCAUCGAGCGAGAGGAGUACGGAAAACUGUUUGACUUCGUUAACGCCAAGAAGCUCAACAUCAAGAACAGAGGCUUCAAAGAGAAGAAGGGCAUGAAGGGUAAGAUCGAUGAGUACAGCGACUCGGACGACGACCAACAUGACGCCUACCUGGAGAGGAUGAAGGCUGAGGGCAAGAUCAGGGAGGAGGGCAACGACAGCGAUGACUCCGACGGUGAAAGCGACGAGUCUUUCAACCCCGGUGAGGAAGAUGACGACAUUGCUGAAGAGUAUGACAGCAAAGCCUCAGCAAGUGACAGCAGUGAGGAAGAGGAAGACAGUGAAGACGAAGGUGCAAAGAAGAAAAAGGCCAAAAAAGUUAAAGUGGUGAAGGAGAAAAAAGAGAGAAAGCCACGUAAAGAGAAAAAGCAGAAGGACACCGGCGGCCCCAAGAGGCCCAUGAGUGCCUACAUGCUCUGGCUCAACUCCAGCCGGGAGCGGAUAAAGUCGGAAAACCCCGGCAUCUCCAUCACUGAGAUCUCCAAGAAAGCCGGAGAGAUGUGGAGACAACUGGGCAAAGACGAGAAGGAGGAGUGGGAAGGAAAAGCGGGAGAAGCAAAGAAGCAGUACGACAAAUUAAAGAAAGAAUACAAAGAGAGCGGCGGGGGUUCGACCUCCACUUCAAAGAAGGAGCGUAAAAAAUCCACAGGUAAGAAAGACGAGAAGAAGCGGAAGUCUUCCGGCGGAGACAAAGACCGGGAUCGCGGAGGAGGCAACGACAGCUUUAAGAGCAAAGAAUUUAUCGAGACCAGCGAGGAGAGUUCUUCAGACUCCGACCACAAGAGCAAGUCGAAGAGGAAGAAGAAAUCAGAGGAUGAAGAUGAUGAGGAGGAGGAGGCAGCAUCCACACCCGCCAGCUCCGAGGAAGAUUCUGACUAAGGCCGCGUUCACACCUUCGCUCGCUGAACACACAGACACACACACACACACACACACCCAGGACCAACAUUUGUACUCUGUUGAAACCACACAGACGAAUGAUGAAUCACUGGACUUCAGCUGUAUUUUCUUUCUUCUCCGUGUUUGGUUUUAAGAGCGUGAACUCACCUCUUUCCAGUUUUGCUCUGAAAACUCGUGUAAAAUAUGUUUUAGCAAGUUUUCUACUGACUGAUCGGUCAACAGUUGCGUUCUCCACGUGACACAGUGGCGGUGAUUUUAGUUAGAUGGCACUGAGGGUUGUAGGCGUUAGUAGCUGAAUUAUGUGGAAGAGCCGGAGCAUUUUGUUUCCCCUGUGUUAGAACAUUUAAAAAAAUUCAAUGGCUUUUUUUUUGUGUGUUUUUCAAUGUCUCAUUUUCAGGGUGAAAUAAAUAAAUGAAUC